UAAAUUUAUCCAAUGGGUAAAGGGUAAAAAAAGUCAGUCGUUUUAGACGCACAUGCAGAGUGGACCUUUGUUGUGUCGUUGAAGAAAGACUAUAAAUUGGUUACAUCUUUGCAAAAUAUACAAACGUUUUAGAUUUUUAUAAAAAAAUGGGAAGAUUUGCAGCGGUUGAAUUAGAAGAUGAGAAUUAUGGUGACCAUUAUAAGUGGGCGGGAAUACCUAACUUAUGGCUUAAUAUUCAUGGUGACCAUAUAGAGUGUUGGUAUCCCAAUAAUGAUGCGUGGUUUAAAGCAGAAAAUGAAAUUAUAUUCAAUCGGUGUCCACAAGGAUGGCAUUUACGUCGUAUUCGUAAAAUCGAUAAUAUUAAUUAUCGGACACUCAAUAAAGCUGAUGAAAGAGCUCAUCUCCUUAACCGUCAAGAUUGUGAAGACAAACGUUAUGAUGUAAUUAAUAAAAACCUGGAUAGACUUGAUGAUAAUUAUCGCAUUUUGCUUAAAAAUCAAGAAAAGAUUGUUAAAAAUUUUGAAGAAAUGAUUAAGUUAUUGAAGGCUCCGAAAAAUCAAGAAAACAAAAAUAAUAAAGACGUAUCAUCUUUAGGAGCUCUAUUGCCUAUCAAGGAUCCUAAAGGUCUGAAAACAUUUGAAAAACUUUUCAUGACUGAGAGCUGGAUUUCUCAAGCUUUGAAAGAACUGGUUAUCAUUUUAACUGAUGAUCAAAAUAUCAAUGAAAGUAUUCCGAAAAUUCUGGGAGCAGUUUUCUCAAAUCAAUUAGCAGCUAAGUGUUCCUGGAAUGUCAAAAACGGGAUUAAAGUUAAAGACUCAUCAAUAAUUAAAAAAAUUUAUGUGACAUUGAAAGAAAUUGAUGCUGCAUACGAUGGAUUUGAAACAGCAGCAGCAUCUUGGUUUCAGAAUAAAAAAAAAUCAACAAUGACACCAGAUUAAAAAUCAAGUUUCAUUUACUUCUAAAAUAGUUUAUAGUUUCUUAAUUAUUUUCGUACUUUUAUAUUUAUUUAUUUAAUUACUAUUAAUUAUUGUAAAACAGAUUCUAUAAACUUCUUAUUACUUGAUUAUUAUUAAGAAUCAAUAAAAAAAAUUGCACGGUCUU